AUAUUUCUUCCGCCAUGACCGUGCGAUAGGUUGUCCGACUCAUCGAUCGAGCUGAAUAGUUACGAAAAUGUCGGGCAACGUCGGUAUGGAACAUCUUAUUCCUAUAGUAAAUAAACUACAGGAUGUAUUUGCUUCUCUUGGAGUUCCUUUAUCUCUAGAUCUUCCUCAAAUUGCUGUAGUAGGAAGCCAGAGUGCAGGAAAAAGCAGUGUCCUCGAGAACUUCGUUGGCAGGUUUGUAGACUGUGGCUUGAAGCAGUCCUGCUUAUUCCGUUUUGAUUUAAUUUAUUUUUUCGACAAAUGUUCUUUCGUCUGUUUUCAUCAUUGUUCAUACGUAAUUGUUAUGGGAGAUUAUGUUUUGCAUUAUUCUAUUGCCUUCUACAACCCGAUACGUUGUCCAAAUUGUUUAAAUGUAUAAAUUGGUCCGACAGGCUUCAACAGUAAAAACUAAAAAGGGGCGUCGCCGGUUGUAAAUCAAACUAAACCUUAUUUACUGAGAAAUGUUUUACACACUAAUAUGUGAUCCAUACUGAUAUGUAAUUUUCUAACAAAUCAGGUACACUUAUGCAUAUAAUCCAGCAUUCCUAACAUAUUUUUCUUCUGUUGGCACUGUCUGUUUUUCUGUAGUCUUAUUUUUAACCUUUUAAUAGUUUUAAACUUAAACUUAUUCCAGUUCUAGUACAGCAUACACAACUUGACACAAACAUCAGUGUGUCAGUAGUAUGAUAGUGUCAGGCCAGAACCAAAAUUAAAUAAUUAUAAAAAAAAACAAAUGAGCUAAACUUAUACUUACGCCUCUAAUUCAGCGUUGCCAAACUUUUUUCUUCUAUUGGACAUUGUCAGUUAUUUUUAUUUUUAAACUUAUUGUAUAAAUAUAGAUUCUUAACCAUCAGGCCAAUGCCAAAAUAAAAAAGAAGUCUUAAUAUUAUUAAUAUACUGAAAGAGGACUUAUUGAUUUGAGAUGGAUAAUGUCAAUGUUUCUAAUUAUCUAAUUAGAUGUAAUACAGAGUGGGCCAUUAUUAUUUUUAGAGCUAUACUUAAUUAAUAGGCCUAUAAUUUAUAUUAUAUUAUAUGAUUUCUAUGAACCUGAAAUUAAAAAAACUUAUAUUUUUUAAUUAUUUUUUACUAAGUCUCUACACGUCCGGCCGGACAAAUAGUGCGGGAGAGUCCGGCGGGCAGGUUAUGUUAUGUGACAAGUGGUUGCCGACAAAAUAGUUGCAUUGCAUUUGAUAUUCCGAUCCCUAGUUAAUAAAUAAACACUGAACAUGUUAAUAUAUUCAAAUGCUCUGUGAUACAUAAAGUGUUUGACUUUGAAUAUUAAACUAGUCUGCCUAUAUACUAACUAGAAGUACUAUUACUACUACUAUUACUUGUCUAUCUAUUUGAUUCUGACUCUUCAAAGAAAAACGUCCCUUAUCUUAGUUAAUACAUUGUGUGAAGCUCUACGUUGAAGCCUAAAUUUAAAAUAUGAACAAGAUAAAUAAGACCAGUAGACUUCAAUAGACCAUUGUCAAUAAAUGUGUAUUUAAGGAUUAGUAUUUAGUAUUGCAUGAGAAGUAGGCUAGGCUACCAUUAUAUCGGCCCUAUAUUAAGAAGUAAGGUAAUUUUCUUUGUGAACUAUCGACCUCCUGGCUGUAAACUUUAUUAAACUUAACAAUAGUUUUGAAACAUUUGGUGUCGCGUGACAAGGCUGACGGACCAUAGACAUAGAGAUAUUUAUAUAUAUUUAGCUCUGUGUGACGGACAAAUAUCUCGCUCCAUUUGUUAUGGCGGUCAUGUGACUUGGUCGCCGGACAAAUAGUGCGCUAUUUUUUAACUUCGAGAUGUCAUCAAUGUGGUUAUAGUAGGUUUAUUGAUAUUUACCAUAGAAAGAUAUUGGAGUAGUUUAAAAUGGGUUAUACUAUUUUACAGAGACAGAGAUAAAAUUUGCCCUCUAUUUACUUACUAUAUUAAUAUUACCAAGUCAUGUCAUAGAGAAAGAACUUGUGACAUAAUUAUUACAUUCAUUAGUAUUAGGAAAGGAUAGCAUGUUCUAAGAUUAUAGCCUGUAAGUAAGAGCAAUCUUUUUAUAAAUAUAAGUCUUUUUGUUAAAGUUUAAACAUAGCACCAAACUUUGAAGUACUCCACUCUAAUCAGCUUCUUUGUCAUUUUAUCAAAGUUUGUGAGCUACAAUUAAAUUACUCAUUCAUACUAGCCAAACAAGUUGUGGGCAUGUAUUAUUAUUUGAGGUGAUGUUUAAUAGGUUGCAAUCCAAAAAGCUAACAUUAUUUAUAAUUUUAACACUAAUAAAAACAUAAAAGUCUGUAGUUGCUAAAUUAACAUUAUCUUUUCAUUUAUUUGAGAAGAGUUUAAUUUCAGUCUGAACUACCAUCUUGUCUCUAAUACAUCUGCUUAUUUCCUUUAAAUUGUGCACAUAAUACAUUAACAUAGGAAGUAUCUAUAACUUUCUAAUUUUAACCCAUUUUAAAAAAUGUCAUGCAAAUCCAUAUAAAUAUUAUUUAUUAAUUAUUGGAUUUCUUUUUAAAAAGACCAAGGGAAAACAAAAUGAAUACAUGAAAUAUCUAAAAAUUUUGAAUUUUUGUGGUUUGCUUUCAUUAUUUUAAGCUAUGGCUAUUUUUCCUAAUGUGAGUUUUUGUUCUCCAAUAAUACAGUAUAGUAGCUGCUGGUGACUGUACAAUGGAAGCUAUUGUGUGAAUGUUACAGUUAAAGUUGCUAGGGUUUACUGGGUGACUUUGUUUUCUGUUCCAUGAUAUUCAUCAUGUUAAUUUACGCUAAUUUCUUUCCAUUUUGAUGAGAGGGGAAACAUGACAUUUUCAUGUGCAGUACAUUGUGUGAUUGACAAUCUAAUUUGGGUUAUUGUCAAGUGAGACUGCUGAAACAAUAUUUCGCAUUGGGUUUACCCAAGAAAUGGAAUAGAUAAGCAAGCAAGAGGAUGCACUCAUUGUAAUGAGAAGAUGUACAGUGUAAAGCUAUUUUGGUGUGUAGCUGAAAUUACCAGCUGAUACCUAUGUAACAGAUGUUGGUUUAAAUCCAUGGGUUCCCAAAUUGAAUUACAAUAAUCCUUUCUUUUGUGGCCAUAUAAAUUCAUAUUGUUAUUUGUUUACUGAAAGUAUUAGAGAUAUUUUUAGUGAAUGGGUCAAUAAAGCCCAAAAGGCAAGAGAUAUCAUUUUUUAAAUUUUUCCUCUAUAGUUCUAGCAUCUACAAUUUUAUAUUCACUGAGAGAAACAAAAAAAAUAAAUACUUUCAUGUGUGCCAGCUGCUAAAGACAUAUAUAGAUAUUGUGCUCUAUAUGAAUGAUUCGUUAUUCAACAUCUACAUCAGUGGUUCUCAAAGUGGGUGCUGUCAGGGGGGGUGGGGGGGGGGGCUGUUUGAUAGGCUUUCAUAUUUUUUAGCACUUCUUUCAGUUCAAGAAAAUUCCGUUAUAAAGCAUGAUAGCUAUAAUUAAAGUGUCAACAAUGACUUAGCUUUGCCCAUUCUUUGCUGCUCAUUGAGAAAUAAAUAAAAAAAUCAUUUCAAAAUGUCUCUAUUACAUCUGGUAACUGUUACUUUCAGUGACAUUCUGUACUGCAGUGAGUUAAAUUUUAGCACACGUUCAAUUGACAAUUCCUGGUGCUCUGUGUUGAGAAUGAUUCUGUAUUUCCUGCUUCAUGCUGAGAUUCAUUGGGACCAGUGCUUCUGUUGUUGCUAACCUAAAGACACCACCUACCACAUAGCCUAUCAGAAAUAUUUGCAGAUUCAAUAACAAUGAGUGCAGGUGCAGGAGAGUGAGAUCUAUCAUUUAAAAACUAAAUCUGUCUUCCUUUAAUUUGGAUUUCAAAUAAUAACUCAAUUAAAGCCAAGUAUACCACGGACGCAAGUUGUAGCAAAUUUCCUGCAGAACUAGAAUGGGAAUGGUGAGAUCGAAAUUGACUGUCUGGUAGUACUUGGAGACCAUUGGUGAUGCUACUUAAGAUAGUCAGUGCGAUUUUAUGAUUUUCUUUUGAUGGGUUGAAGACCAGGGCUUAAUCAGCUAAAAUGAUUUUAAACCACAGUUAAGACAGGGUUUUGCCUGAAAUAAGACAGUUAUUACCAUAUCCUGCUCUGUAUAAAGCUCCAUGUUACAUCAUUGUGUAUGGUGUAUUUGAAAGGUUUUUUUAAGUUUGGUUACCCUGUUUUGUUUACAGCAAAGCUAUUUCUGUUAAAUAUGAACACAGUCAGUUAAGUUUCUGCUGAUAGACCUAAAUCCAGAUACUGAAAAAUAAUCUCACUUUAAUGUUACUUUGUUGAUGCUUCCACCACAUUAAGAAAAUUGACCAAUGAAGACGUUAGUCAAGUAAAACAAUUGCUAAAUAAUGAACCUACUGAGGUACUUCUUGAUAAAAUUAAUUAGCAGAUUAAUGAAGUCAUAUGCUAAUGAAGUAAUUCAUUUGACUUUUGAUUCAUUGUUCAAAUAUAUGUUACAAUUUUAAAUUUUCUUGUGUAAUUAUCUUCCAGAGGGUGGCACAAACUUUAUUCUGAGAAUGCUUAUUAUUUGGUUGGGGGGUGGGGGGCAGUCAAGCGAGGUUAUGGGCCCAAGGGGGCAGAGGUCAGAAAAACUGAUCUACGCUAAUGAACUCUUACUUACAAAACAAAAAAAUAAUUUGAUGUUAAUAGGGCUUUAAUCAAGUUAAAAAUUGAACUUUAAAAAAUUAGUAAGUGUAAUAACAUUGGCAAGUACCACAAUGUGUUACUCAACUUGUAUUUAAUGUAAAUUUCAAAGUUUUCUUUGUAAUGGUAUUAAGUUAGAGUUGAAAAGCAUACAUGAUCAUUAUAUUUAUUUUCAGAGAUUUUCUUCCUCGUGGCUCUGGCAUUGUCACAAGGCGACCAUUGGUUUUACAGCUGAUGUACAGUAGAGUAGGUCAGUAUUAUUUAAAUGUAUAAAAUAUGGAAUAUAUUAAAUAUGAUAUUUUUAUCAACAUUGAGAUUGUUUUUGUAUUAUUGAAUUUAUUACUUUGUUUUCAUGUUAUAAUUAUGAAGAAUCAACUUCAGUGGCCUCUUAUAUAAAAAUCCACUUAUUUUUCAAUUCAUUUUCACCAGAAUAUGCUGAAUUUGUUCAUUGCAAGGGCAAGAAGUUCACUGACUUUGCUUUGGUUCGUAAGGAAAUUGAAGAUGAGACAGACAGAGUCACAGGCAGCAAUAAAGGAAUUUCUAAUAUACCAAUUAAUCUACGAGUUUUUUCCCCAAAUGGUAUAAUUACUUCUUUGUCAUUAACAUUUUAAAAAAAAUUAUAAUUUUGGUUUAUUGAAUUUAUACAUCAUAAGUAAAAGUAAGUUCCUUGCUAUAUAUUUACAUUUGUGAUAAGAACUGCCUCCGUCCCCAGUCCUCAACUUGACACUUAUUGAUUUGCCUGGAAUGACCAAGGUGCCAGUGGGUGACCAACCAGCUGACAUUGAACAGCAAAUUCGAGGCAUGCUAAUGGAGUUUAUCACUAAAGAGUCUUGCCUCAUCCUUGCUGUCACUCCAGCCAACUCAGAUUUGGCCAACUCUGAUGCUCUUAAAAUUGCUAAAGAAGUGGACCCCCAAGGUCAGCAUCGUUUUUUAUAUUUAUGUAGAAAUCAAAGGAUUAUAAUUAAAACAGUUAAAAAUUUUUUAUAUAAAGUUGAGUAUAACAAUAUGAUAAUCAUAUAAUCUAUAAACUUAGUAAUCAUUGUAUCUUUGAUUAGAAGCUGAUUUGAAAAGGAUUUCAUGAUGUAGUGGAUUGCACUGUCCUCCAUAUCUGUUUUCUUAUAUUUUACAUUAUGCAUACCUAAUGUAACCUCUAUGUACUGUUUUUAUUAUUCAGGCCUGCGAACGAUUGGUGUGAUAACUAAAUUAGAUUUGAUGGAUGAUGGAACAGAUGCUAGGGAGAUUUUAGAAAAUAAGCUUCUCCCUUUAAGAAGAGGUAAGUUAAUACCGAUUAGGGUGGAUCUCAGACUUAGUUCAAAAAUAAAAGGGCAAAAAUUAAAUGGCAAGUCAAAUGGUUAUACAAGACCCAGUGAUGUCUGUCUUCAUUACACUCUUACAAACUUGCAUCUGUUUCAGGUUAUAUUGGGGUUGUCAACAGAAGUCAAAGAGAUAUUGAAGGGAAAAAAGAUAUCCGAGCUGCACUGGCAGCUGAAAGGAAAUUUUUCUUGUCACAUCAGUCAUACAGGUAAACUUCAACUUUUAAUUUGUUAGUAAAAUAUGCUUAUAUAUUUUUUCGCUCUGAAGUGGUAGCGCUGGUCCUAGGUGAGAACAUUAUAUGCAAAAGGUUAUGUAUAAUAUUAAAUCAGUUAGAAACUCGAAAAUCUUCCUGUUUUUUUUUAAUAAGCUUAUGUUUUUUCCCAGGCACAUGGCAGACAGACUUGGCACGCCUCACUUGCAGAAAGUGCUGAACCAGCAACUGACCAAUCACAUUAGGGACACCCUCCCUUCACUGCGCAACAAGCUCCAGUCUCAAAUGUUAGCCAUGGAGAAGGAAGUUGAGGAAUACAAGAAUUUUCGCCCUGAUGACCCAGCCAGGAAAACUAAGGCCAUGAUGCAGUAAGUACAAUUUGAAAAUAAGAAAAGUGAACGAAUUAACUGCAAGAUCAUUUUUUAUUGACUGUUUAAUCAGUGUGGGGGAUUGAAUGACACUUUUUACCUUCUGGCUGGACACGCGAGUAGUUAUUGUAACUAUUAAAAUUUAACAUGUAAUAUACGGCAUUGUAAGAUUUUGAGAUGGUAUAGUACUAUUCUGAAACAAUUUUCUAUGAAGUUGGGAGUUCAAGGGUAACCAGGUCUGCUCUUAACCGAAGUCACGAACUCACCUUUUUUCUGUACAGAAUGAUCUCCCAGUUCAGCACUGACUUUGAGAGAGAUAUUGAAGGCUUUGGUACCCAUGUCUCCACUGAGGAUUUGUCAGGUGGUGCUAAAAUCAACAGAAUUUUUCAUGAAAGAUUUCCAUUUGAGCUGGUGAAGGUGAGCUUUAAGACCUUCUUAUAAUCCCUGUUAAUAUCUGCAGAAAAGGUUAACUGACUGUCUUAAUUUAGUAGAAGACAACUUAGUUCUUUUAACUAGUUCCUGGUGUAUGAUAUCAGAAAUGUUUGCCAAGCAGUUACAAAAAAUAUAUUGGCAAUUCCAUUACACUUUUUUGAAAAAAAAAUUAAAUUGACAUUUAGAUAGACUAAAUAAUUUUGAUGUGUAUCUCUCAAACAUUGUUCAUUUACCAGGUGAUCCAUUGAGCUACACUUGAUAGUGCUAGUUUUCUUGGAUGCCGGUACUUAAAAAAGGAAAGAAUUAAAGAAUGCAAUAAUAUUUUUAUAUUUAUUUUGUGUACUAUAUAAUAUUUUAUUUUUGAACUAUUUUUUCUUUGACAGAUGGAGUUUGAUGAAAGAGAACUUAGGAAAGAAAUUGCCAUCACCAUUAAAAAUAUUCACGGUAUCAGGUACAUAUCACAUAAGAUUUUUUAGCAACAAGUUGAUGAUUCCCAUCAUUCAUUAGCUAUUUUUGCGUGUGCUAUUAGGCCAGAUUCUAAUGCAGAGGUGAAGAAUUUGGAGGUCUUUCUCAGUUGAUCUUUGUUUGCUUAAAGGAUGCUGCUAUAGUCUGGAAAUUCUGGCACAUCUCUCUUACUCCUAUAGUCUUAAGAAAGGUCACAAAUCUAGUUAUAAAUACAAUUUUCAUAAAAGAAACCAAAAAACAAUCACUUCUUUGGCACAGCAUAAAGUUUCAUUCAAUUGGUGGAAGGAGCAUCACUUUGGUGUUUUGAACUAUUUCUGUAUCCCCCUCGCCAGUAAGUUACAAAUUGUUUUUCUGAUGGUCUGCAGGACAGGAUUGUUUACCCCAGACAUGGCUUUUGAGAGCAUUGUUAAGAAACAGAUCAAUCGCUUAAAGGAGCCAUCUCUACACUGUGUAGAUUUGGUUGUGACAGAACUGUCCUCUGUUGUACGCAAAUGUACAGAAAAGGUAAGGUACUUUGGUCCGUCAUGAUUACAGUGUGUUAUGGAACAGGAGGUUGUAAUAUCAUGUUUUUACGAAAAGAAUUCUGCCUGUGCAGUGCAAUACUUUUUACCCUUUAAAAUAUAAUAUUACGACAUCCCAUUUUUACACUUAAACUCUUGAAUCUGUGUGCCGUGCAUUACUUUUUACUAGGACUUAACUUCUAAGAUUUGAGAAAUUUAAUUUUUAGUCCCUUCAAAACUUAUUGAGCUCUAAUGUUGUUCAAGCGGAAAAAAAUAAAUAUAUUAUUGAUAAUUUUAUCAUGUUUUUUUGUUUGUUUACACCUCACUUAUAAGAUCAGUUGUGCACUAACAUGUCUCAUUAAAAUAAACCACUGAACCAAAAUGUUUGCCAUAUAACUUCAGAUAUUUGUCUUAUAACUUAAGAUGUUUGCCUUAUAACUUAAGAUGUUGCGCUACCCACGCUUGAGAGAGGAGACAGAGCGUAUAGUGAAUACUCGCAUUAGGGAACAGGAGCAGGUUGCCAAGCAACAAAUUCUACAGCUCAUUGACAUUCAGCUAUCCUAUAUGAACACCAAUCAUGAAGAUUUUAUUGGUUUUGCCAAGUGAGUAUUGUUCAAGACAAGUGUAAAGUUGCACUGACUGAAAAAUGUAAAUUAAAAAAUAAAAUCUAUUAUUUACUAAGAUUUACUAACAAACAUUCCCUGACAAGUAUGAUUUGAUUAUUGCUACGCUUUCUAAUUUCCUACACCACUGAAAAUAUUUGCCUCAAGAUCUUAUUUUAAAAAAAGAAAAAACAAGAAAAAAACCUCAUCAAAACCAAACAUACACAUUAGUUUUCAUCAGCUCGCUAUGAACUUCUUUGUUAUCCUUUUUUGCUUCAGUGCUCAACAAAAGUCUGAGAACACCAACAAAAGGAAACUUGGUAAUCAAGUGAGUGCUGGUUCACAAUUGUUGACAAGAGGAAAUGGCCUUGCAUUUGUUUUCUUGGACAUUAUCUUUUGAAUAUGUCACAUUGUUACUUAAUUUCAAUUAUUAUAUUUUAAAAAAAAAUUUACAGCUGUCAAAUCUUUAAUAUUGAAAUGUAAGCUUAAUGUAGGUGUCAAAUCUAUGAUUUAGUGAGAUUACUGUGUAUUUUCUACUAAUUUUUUUAAAGGGGAUAAUGAAUAAAAAUGACCAAGAUUGAGACAAAAUAUGGAAGGAACAUUUGGAAAUUUGUGUAAUAUUUAUAGGAUUACAAAUUAUGAUCUCGCCUAGUAGUUUUGAAUAAUAUUUAUUGAAGCUCUAUUAUGUCCACACAGUUACAAGUCAGCUUUAAAAAAAAAUUAAAUUCCAAAUGCUAAGCAUAAAGAUGUCAGAUAUUUUGUUAACAAAAUGUCCAUCAUUGGAUUAUUUAUUUUUGGUCCCCAGGUUAUACGAAAAGGCUGGCUGUCACUGCACAAUGUCAGUUUCAUCAAAGGUGGAUCCAAAGACUUUUGGUUUAUUCUGACAGCAGAGUCCCUGUCCUGGUAUAAAGACGAAGAGGUAAUAUCAUUUAAGCCGACAUGAGUCGCUACUCAAUGAUUAGUGCUAUAGAUAGGGGACAUAAACCCACUGAAGCCAUCAAAAACUUUCGAUGAAUACCUGUUAGGUUGAUCUACACAAGUUUAAGGUUGAUCUACAUAAGCUUAGGUUGAUCAACACAGGCUUAGCUUGAUCUACACAGGCAUAGGUGGAUCUACACAGGCUUAGGUGGAUCUACACAAGUUUGAGGUUGAUCUACAUAAGCUUAGCUUAAUCAACACAGGCUUAGCUUGAUCUACACAGGCUUAGGUUGAGUUCUUUUGAAGAAUAUGGGAAAGGAUUACACUAUAGAUGUGUUAAAUUAUGUGUUUUAGACUAAUAUUAACAAUUGCCAUUGCGAGUCUUUUAGAAGUUUAAAAAAACAAACCCUUAUGCACUUGUCUUUUCAACGCAAGAAAAUAAAAAUGAGCAGACUAUCAGUGCUCUGGCAACAUAGAAAGAAGAUUGAGGCCAAAAAUAUUGUAAUUUUUGGUUUUAAUUGGGAAUUCAUUCCACACCACUAUGGUAUUCCUAGUAUCCCAUUCCACAUCAGUGCCUCUUUGGAGAAUCACUAGUGUAAUCUAUUGAGAGAUAUUUGAUGUGCAGUCAGGACAUUUUACAAUUAAUUUGUAAAACUUGAAUUUUAAAAAGCCCCUGUUUUGUAGUUCUUUUUCGUGAUGACAUUUUCAGAAAGUGAUCCUUGAUUAUAAUUGCUGUUAUAUUUAGUUGUCACUUAGCAUUAGAUAAUUCUUUAGACUAUAAUGCUAAUAAUAUUUUAAAAUUUAAAUUUUUGAUAUUUUAAGGCAUUAAUCUAAUUUAAUUGUUGUCUAUAUGUCUUUAAAAUAUUAAUUAAUUUUUUUUUUACCGUAUCAGCACUAAUAUAAUGCAUUAAAUCGUUUUAAUGAUGCGAAGGAUUUGUUUGAGAAAUGUGCUUAUUAUUUCACAACCAAAGCUGAGCGCUCAGGGCUCUUGGUUUUAAACACCACACCGUUUUGAUAUUGGUACACAAAUAUAUCAAUAUUAUAUUAGUGCUCAUACUGUUGUACUUCAUACCUAUAUUUAAAAAAAAAAAUGUUUUCUUAAAUAAUUAUUAAAUUACAAAAGAUUUCAGCUAUUGUUAACUAAUAUUUUCAGAUAGCCUUUCCAUUAUGUCAUUAACAUUUUUACAUGCCCAUACAUUUGCCUUGCUAUAAUUGUCUAUUCUCUCUUAUUGAAGUCAGCCAAGUACCAAGUAGGAAUUCUCUGUUUUGGUUAUUUUCUGCAGAAAUGCGUGUAGUUCAGUUGUUAAGAAAUAUUUGAUAAAAUUUACAUAUUCUGGUAGAAUUUAAAAUAUGAUGGCCCCUUUCUAAUAAUGUUGUUGGUUGAAUCCCUAUCAGACUUUUGCAUUUAAUGUUUGUGCACUCAGUCUGCGUGCAAUCAUUCUUCAUGCAAUCAUUCUUCGAGCAAUCAUUCUUAGUGCUAUCAUUCUUUUGUGCUAUCAUACUUACUGCUAUCAUUCUUCAUGCUUGGACUGAAGUUUGGAUGGGGCAGGCAGACUUUAUUUCAUAUAAUUACAUUUAUGGUACCUUACUCUACAUGCACUAACUAAUGGGGGCUUGUCAAGGGUUCAACUGCUUAGAUUACUUUUAGUUAGACCCCCAGGAUUUAUUUUGAAAUCUUUCUUAAAAUUCCUGUUAUUAUGAUAUUAUGAUACAUUUAUUUAGAAGUACAUAGUGUGGAUAUGUUGUUAUGUAUUUUUAUUAUAGAUCAUCCAACUGGUGAUAUCUGCGAUGAGCACAUCAGUUCCUUGUGAUAGCUAAUUAAUACUAUUACUAUUGAGUUUGUUAAUGAAGUUUCUAUGCCUCAUUGAUGGGUUAGCACAGUGCUUCUCAAACUGGGGUCCAAUGUCCCCUACAGGAUGUCAAGGUGUUUUCAUGGGGACAUUGAAAGGGUCACUUAGGUACAAAUUUUGUGCUAUUAUUAGUGAUUGUUGCUGAUGGUUGCAAUGUCCUCUGGAGGAAUCUAAUUUAUUUCCCAUGAGAAUUGGUAUACUCACUAAAUUUUGAGAACUGCUAGUAUAGUAUAGUGGUAUAGGCUCACUGCUUUCUCAGAAUCUAGUAGAGACUGUAACCAAUGUUUAGGCCCACUGAGUUCCCAGAAAUCUUUCACAUAUUAUGAAGCAUCAACACUCUGAGGAGUCACUGCAGUAGUAUCUCUCUCUAUCAGAUCCCCAGCAGCCGGCCUGUCAAUUCCUAGAAACUAAGAGAUAGACUUAGACCUAACCAGAGGAUGGAACUGUUGGUUGGGCAGAGGAAACAUCUCCAAACUCUGUUCGUGCUAACUUAAUUUUCUACAGUCCUGCAGGAGAAAGAUUUUGUGGAAAAACUUCCUCCAUCUUUCUUAUGCUAUACAAACAGCCUAUCGUCUCAAUCCCGUUUUUUUCCCUUGGUAAAAUAUUCUUCUCUAAAUGAUGCUGGUAAUACAUGGGAUGUUCUAUCACCUUAAUUAAUUAACUUAUUUAAUCUAGUUUUUAAGUGUUAACUUAAACAAUAUUCAUCCCUAAUAUAUAGUUUAAAUUUUAACAAGUAAUUUUUUUAUAGAUUAUAAUGAGCUCCAAAAAAUUUAAUUAUAUAUGACGUUUUAUAGUUGAAAUUUGGUUUUACUGUAAUAAAGUCUAGUGGGGAAGAGAAACCAGCCGGUCUUUUGUGUUCGGACAUGUUGGCAUUCACUUCUCUAAAGGCCAGCAAGUUAAAGAGAUACUUGGCCAAUACAAAAAGAUGUAGACUUCUUUAGGCGCCAAGCCGAACGAUUGCACAAAUCCAUGCUUGAUGACACAUGAAUAUUUUCACAGAACAUUAAGGCUCGUCUAAAAAGCCUUCAAUGGGGUUUUAAGUAAAAUAGCUGCCGCCAAGAAACAUACAUGAUCAGAGAACAGUUGAUAUUACCCUGCCGCAAAGAUAUCAUAUGGAAUGUGUUGGGAAACUCUGAGCUUGAGAAUCUAAAGCAUGUUAUCCAAUUAAAGGAUACUUUUAGGAGGCAAACAACGGAAAUGUCUGAUAAUAUGCUGUUACUGUUAGUCUCAAAGAUUCAGAAUUCGAUUUUCAACUUCUUCGUGAUCCAGUUUGAUGAAACCAUGGAUGACGCCAACUUCGCCCAACUUUGUAUCUACAAACAAUAUGAUUAUGACAAGCAACUGGAAGAUAAAUUUUUUGUUUUUCAAAAAGUCCCCAUACCAGAUACACUGCAAAAUAAAUAUUUGAUAAAUUGGACGGAUUCCCUGAGGCGCAUCGUAUCAAUUGCGAAUAUGUCAUUGGUGUGUGUACUGAUGGCACUUUAUGCUUGAAUGCCAUUCUGGUUUUCAAACUUUAGUAAAGCAAAAAUCCCCAGAUAUUAUUAGUACACACUGCUCUAUUCAUUGCCAAGCCUUCAAGGUGAAAACCAUGCCUGAUGAGUUAAAAAAGUUUCUCUCUCUGUGAAGUGAUUACAGCAGUAAAUUUCAUUAAAAAAAUUUCUCUGUGAAACGUUUACAGCAGUGAAUUUCAUUAAAGCAUCUGCUCUCAACUGUAGUUUGGUUUCUGCAGUAUGAAAGAAAAGUGGUUCCGUAUUUGAAACACAUUUCUUACUCUCCCACGUGAGGUGUCUUUCCUAAAGGAAAAGACUUUUCUUAGUACGUGAAGAAAUGCAGCAGUUUUUCCAAGAUUCUAAACCAGGCUUGAUCCCAAAAUGCUGUCAGUGGUCUUAUAUCCCUGUCAAGAAAGGGUAGAAAUAUUUGAAUCCUUGAAUUCCAUCAACAUGGGCUACAAGGAUAUCAGUGCUACAUUGUCAUUAAGGAUUGACAGCUUUCAAAAUGAAGCUUGAACUAUGGCAUGCAAAGUUAGGAAAGAAGAACUUUGCCCCUUUUUCCACAGAUAAACAGAUAUAUUGAGGAAAAUGAGCUUAAUAUGGAUGACAAUCUCCUUGAUGUCAUGAAAUUUCUCAUUUUCAUGAUCUGUAAGAAUUUUUAAAAUACGAUUGCUUUUUCAACAACCCUUUGUAAGAUUGCUUUUUUUCAACAACCCCUUUGUAGGCUCCAUUAUUGAUCUUCCUUCAGAGGACAAUUAAAUUCAAGAACAGUUUUUAUAAGUGACGGGGUUGAAAACAUGUUUUCCAUAAAACAUGUUGCAGUUAUUUCUUGGAUUUAAAUGGUGCAUUCCUCCUCUCCCAAUGUUGCCAAGAGGGCUCUCAGAUGGCUGCAGUCCUCCCCCAAUGUUGCCAAGAGGGCUCUCAGAUUGCUGCAGUCCUCCCCCAAUGUUGCCAAGAGGGCUCUCAGAUUGCUGAUUUCAUUUGCAUCCAUGAGUGUCAGACGGCUUUUGACAAACUACUUAGAAUCACAACAAAAUCCCUAAAGAGAUUAAAGGCCCCCCCCAAAAAAAAUCACCUAAGUUUUGCCACUUUCUAAAGAAACAGUUGUUUGUCAAAAAUGUUUUGGUAACGGUAUUUUAAUUUUAGUUAAUUAUAAAAGGUCUUCGAGCUUUCAAGAAAAUUGGAAAGAGACCAUCGCACAAGAUAUCCGAAAAAAGUUUGAGAACCACUGGGUUAUGACCUCAAAUCCACUGAUUAUUCAAGGGAGGGUGUUAUCUCUCAAUAUAAAGAUUGGUACAUAGAAGAAUUGAAUAAAAAAAAAAAAAGACAGUUUUAUUGUUUCUGUUAGUCACACCCCCCCCCCCCCCCCCCCCCCAUGCCCUUUAUGUCAACCCCUUGCAUCGUCCAGAUUUAUUCGACAGGCCUACAUAAAGAUUAUUUUUUUUUAAUAAUCUGGUUUUUGAAUGGGUGAAAACGGACUUAUCUCAUAGUCUCCAAUAUUUCUCUCCAUCUUCCAAACUCUGCCGCCAUAGUGUGGUAUCUGGCAAUUAUGCACUCAAGUCACGCUCAAGUUCUUUUUUGUUUGUUUGUAAUUUUGUAUGUGUUCUUGUACAUGAACACUUUGCCAAGUAAGCAGGUGAUGCCAUUGAAUAAAUAACUUUGCUGCAAUAGUACAUUAUUAUAGAAUUGUGUACAUAUAUGUACCAAUUAAAUACUCUUAAUUAAAGAUCUUUGUAGUUUUCCCAAGUAGAAGAUUCUACAGUUUCUGAACACAUUUGAGGUAGCGCCAAGGAACUAUUGUUAUAAAAACAGAUAUUAUCUUAGGGGUUUGGUGUGAUCACCUUGGCAGUAUUUAAGUGUGUCAUUGUUGUGCACGAUUUUCACUCAUUCUCAGUGUGUUUUGUGUCCAAUUCAUGUGUCAGUACUUAAACUUAGUGAGAGCAUUAUCAAAGCUUUUAGUCACCUGUGUCAAUCUCAUUUUUUGCACUUGUCCAAAAUCCAUGAAGAGAAAUGUUCUGCUCUGCUUACAACCAUUCUCUGUGUAUGUCAAUCUGGUCUAUUUGUUCUUACUUUCAAACUGCUCACUUUUCCUCGCCAACUGCUCCAUUCUUCUGUUACUCUGCCUUGUAUCCAUCCAGGAGAAGGACAAGAAAUACAUGCUCCCCCUCGAAGGGCUAAAGUUACGGGACCUUGAAUCUGGCAUAUUCUCUCGACAUCCGAUAUUUGCCCUUUUCAAUGCUGAAAAUAGGUAUUUUCAUUUCCCAUGAAGAUUUUGUCAAGUCCUAUGAGUCAUGACUUAUUCAUGUUGUCCACCUAAGGUAGAUACACCAAAAAAUUAAAAAAUCCCCGUACAUAAAUUAAUCCAUCAAUGGAGUGCUGAAUAAAUUACUUUAAAAUGAAUCAAAUGUCAUAUGUUGUAAUUUCAUUGUCCCUUGUCAUUUAAUGACAUUCACACUUAUAUUACAUAAUUUUGUCUCUUCACACUUCAAAAAAAGAAAGAAAAAAAAGUCUAUUUUAACAAUGAUGGCUUUUAAAAUGUCAUUUUAACUAUUUUAGAAAAUCUAAAAUUACAAGUGCUUCCAAGCAAAUUAAUUUGAACAAAUGUUAAUACAUUAAAACAUAAGUAGGUGUUUCUUUAGUCUGGACUAAUUCAACAAUAGGUUUAUUUGCUUCUUAUGGCUGGUUUUCAUUUACAUGUUGGGAGUACAUGAUUGUGAUUUUUAUGGCAUGCUGCAUUUAUUGAUGUGGGCUUGGUUUUGGCAUGUGAUUAAAAAACCUGGCUAGUUUGAUGUUAAACUCUGCAUGCUAGUCCUGUCUUUAGACUUUGUCACUUGUUAAGUUGCUUAUGGGGGAAGCAAAACUCUCAUUUUCAGAAUAAGUUCCUGCUGAAAUUUAGUUUUUAGCUUCCCCAUCUUUCUUCCCUGAUAAUUCCUCUAUGUAACAAGGCACUCCCCACCCCUUUCCUUCUCCCAUGCUGGUGUAUGGUGGUGGUGAUGUGUUCUCAAGGCUGCAUAUGAGAAAUUCUCAACACAACUUAAACAAGAAACCCACUGUUGACAACGUGUUUAAAAUACAAUAUUUGAACUUGUAUUUUUGUGUUUAAUUUACCUGUUAUAAUUUUAUAUUCAAAUCUGUUUUACAUAUUACUCGUCAUCUCCAUUUCUUCUCAUCCAGGCCUGUUCAUCUUUUACAAUAAUUGCUCUCAGAACUACUUCUUUAACUGGAUUCCACCGUCCCAGGAAGGGUUCAACAACCUAUUCCCCAUGGCUUGAUCUAAAACAAUUGAUAUCAAUAAAAAUGUGAAUAGACCCAUGCAAAUUAAAUUUACACCCAAGUUAUGCAUUUCUAUGAUCUCUUUCUCAUACAGGUAGCAGAUCCCCCGACCUUAAACUUAAAUGUCUGAACUAUCACAACUAAAUGUGUUGGGUCUAAAUGUCUGAACUAUCACAACUAAAUGUGUUGGGUCUAAAUGUCUGAACUAUCACAACUAAAUGUGUUGGGUCUAAAUGUCUAAACUAUCACAACUAAAUGUGUUGGGUCUAAAUGUCUGAACUAUCACAACUAAAUGUGUUGGGUCUAAAUGUCUGAACUAUCACAACUAAAUGUGUUGGGUCUAAAUGUCUGAACUAUCACAACUAAAUGUGUUGGGUCUAAAUGUCUGAACUAUCACAACUAAAUGUGUUGGGUCUAAAUGUCUGAACUAUCACAACUAAAUGUGUUGGGUCUAAAUGUCUGAACUAUCACAACUAAAUGUGUUGGGUCUAAAUGUCUGAACUAUCACAACUAAAUGUGUUGGGUCUAAAUGUCUGAACUAUCACAACUAAAUGUGUUGGGUCUAAAUGUCUGAACUAUCACAACUAAAUGUGUUGGGUCUAAAUGUCUAAACUAUCACAACUAAAUGUGUUGGGUCUAAAUGUCUAAACUAUCACAACUAAAUGUGUUGGGUCUAAAGCACACUAAGAGUGUUAGCAACACUGACAAGUUAUAAAUCCUUAUCUCGUAUCAUUAGAAACCUCUUGGAGCACUCUGCCUUACAACCACCAUAAACUUCAAUACAGCAAGGGUGUCCUCUCCAGGACAGCAGGUCAUGCUAGAUUGCCACAGGAUGCAUUAUUUAGAGAAAUAUAGUUUUAUUUGAAGACAAAGUUGGGAGAGUAGGAAUGUUAGAUUGUUAUAUUAAAAUAGCAUUACGUAAGGCAGUGGUUCUCAACCUUUCUAAUGCCGCGACCCUCUAACACGGUGCCUCAUGUUGUGGCGACCCCUAACCACAAAAUUUUUAUCGUUGUUGCUUCAUAACUGUUGGGUAUAUGUGUUUUCCGAUGGUCUUAGGCGACCCCUCUGAAAGGUUCAUUUGACCCCCAAAGGGGUCGCGACCCACAGGUUGAGAACCGCUGACGUAAGGCCUUCAACAUGUGGGUUGUUGAAUACCUGUAGAUGAAUACUGUCUCCACAAUAUUAUCCUAUAGGAUUAUGGGAAAACUCUGGCUUGAAAAAAAAGGAUCAUUUAGCUUUACUUGGAAAUCAGAGAACCGUAGCUUUGUGUCUACUAUUUGUAUGUUAUUUCUAGGAUUACGUGACAGGUUUAUUUUCUUGUGGGCUGUCAAGGUAUUGCUUGCCAGAAAAGGAAUAGUUCUCCAUGCGAGACACACAUUAUGUAGGCCAUGUUGAUUGUUGUUCUCCUGGAGCAGUUUCUUUAAAUUUUUAUUGAAAAUAGCUUGUUCAAUCAUCUGGACUUGACUAGAAGUUGACCUUCAAUUUUUGUGACUUAUCAGUAUGGGCUUGUGUGUCUUAUUUGGUUUCUUGUCCUCCAACCAGCAAUGUUUACAAUGUAGGCAAUGAGUCUAUCUACUAAAAGUAUCCUGUUUUUCCUGAUAUGUGGCUCAGUUUUAAUGGGCAAAAUUCAUGUCUUGCUUUUUUCGAAAUAUCUACUACUAUUUCUGUGUGUCUUCCACUGCUAGGUUUGAUUCAUUUACCACUUGAUAAUGUCAUUAUUUUCAUCUGAAACUAAUUAAUAAUACCAUAAGGUAUUAGUACCUGAGUUAGGUAGACAUUACCAGGUUCAGUGAUAGGUAAUUGUUAUCAUCAAAGACCCACAGACAAUAUCUGAAUUCAGCAAAUAGUCACAUGCAAUAAUGUAGUUAUGUUUCUGAGAUGGUUGAUUACUGAUUUACUGAACACUUGAUAUUUUAAAUGUAUUAUAAGCUUUUCAAUUACAUCAGCAUUAGUAGGAAAUGAUUUAAUGGAAGCUGAAAAAAUGCCAGACCGAUUUUUUUGGAUAAUUUAUGUCAUGUACAUUCCUGGCCUAUGGGAGGUUGUGAGGGUUAAUAUACCUGGGUUGGUUCACGGUUGACCUAGAUCUGAUUAUGUAUCAUCGCCAGGAGAAAGACAAGAAGUACAUGUUGACACUUGAUGGGCUAAGGAUCAGGGACAUGGAUCAGGGUUUCAUGAGCAAGAAAUGCGGUUUUGCUAUUUUCAAUCCUGAAGCCAGGUAGACAAAGAGUGACUUACCUUUUCCUGUCCGUAAGAAAUUCAAUGAAAUUAUCUUUUCCUGCCGUUCGUUAUUAUUUUGUUUCCCCAAGUUUUACUGUUUCAACCUUUGAAACCUAAACUGCCCAAGUCCAUUCCAUCCCGACAUAUUAUCUAUCUGCAUAUUUUGUACUGCAUUAGCCCCCCCUUACCAUAAUUGAGAACUGCCAAAUUUAAACACUGAAUAUUAAACACACCACAUAGAAUUAAUGUUGCCCAUUUCUGUAGCGCGGGUCGCGGGAAAAAAAUAAAAUAACAUAAACCAAAUGAUAAAAACAUUUAUGUCCGGGUAAAAGCUGGUCAUGUCAUUUCUUUAGCUCAAGCUUUAGCUCAGUGCACCACUUCAGCUCCCCAGAUUUAUAAUUAUCUACAUGUGCAACAACUGUUUAUAAAAUAACUGCAUGAAGGCAUGGCUAAUAUUAGAAAACAGCCUCAUUUGCCCUGAAAUCAAUUUUUAACCAAUCCAAAUCGGCCUGCUUUUCAUUUAGCUGGUUUUCGACUCAGCUCCCAAUGGAUGAUAUUGAGUGACUAUAGGACUUGGAUAUAUUCAUGGUAAAAUGAAAUGUAAAGGGUUUCAACAGGAUUUGAAUUUGUUGCUUUGUUAUAGUUUGUUUACCUUUUCCUGUUAUCAGUGAAAUAUUGAUUGAUUUUUUUAUUUAUAAAUUCAACUUAUAACUAUAAAUUUCCUAAAAAUUGUCCCAUUCAAAAUUCAUGUGUACCAUUAGUAACAGCUCAGAUGUGGGUGCUGUUGAAAGAUGCCUAUUUAUGAGUGGAAUCUUUAUUCUGCGUUGUCUUGCAAGAAAUGCUCCGCCAAAUUAGAUAGUUAAAAUGACAAUUCCAAGAAAAGUUUAGAGCUUAAAAAAAAUGUCCAGUCCUUGUUACCGAUGGGUCUAUGUGCUUGACUAACAUCAGGAAUGAGGCAUAUCUCCUCAAAUGUAUUUUUUAAUAUACUUGCUGGUUUUCUUUACACUCUGCUUAACUUAUUCUAUAUAUUUAUCUUACUUUCUAUGGAAGUAAUUUGAGACUAAUAGUAUACACAGUACACAGUUUUACAUAGCACUACACAAUCAUGUCCAUAAACCCACCCCUGUAUUAUAGGACCUCAUGAUCAAUAUAAUUAUUGUAUUCCAUUCAAACAAACAACAUAAUAUUAGUUUAGAAGCACCAGUGUAGAAGAGUUGCUUCCCUUCAGUAUAUUUGAUUGGCUGUUUGUCCUUGCCUUCACUCGUUCCUUCCAUUCACAUGCAAAGGGUUAGGUCCCUGCUGUUUACAUUAUGUUUCAGAAGUCAGCUCAGAUGUGUUCCUGUAGCAUGCAGCUUGCAUUUUUUUCAAUAAUCUAUACAUGCGUUCAAUUUAUGUCAUUUUUCUUUCUACUAAUCCAUGAAACCACCACAAUGUUCCGCAUGUUUAUAAAAAUGUAAUGUUCAAUAUUUGCAUUCUCAUUAGCCCUAGUUUGUCUUCCCCCUCUCCCCCCCCCCCCCAACCUCUCCUCUAUGUUAUGUUUUGUGUACCAUUGCUGGUGUUAGGAGAGAGAAAAGCGCUACAUGUUGCCACUAGAGGGAUUACAAGUUAAAGAUAUGGAGGGAGGUCUAUUCCAGUCUAAGCACAUGUUUGCGUUAUUUAACCCGUCGACCAGGUAGGUAGUUAGGUAGUGGUGCUGGCUUUUCAAAUCAGGACUUUAAUCUUCACUUAUGUAUCUGUAGUACUGCUGCUGAGCGUAGGCAUCACUUACAUAACUAUAGCAUUGCCCAGUCAAAGUAUGUAGACAAUGAAACAAUAAUUUCCUUUUCACCUGCCAAAUAUCUUAGUUUCUAUGAUCUGUGUAGGGUAGUACUUGUUAUGCUGCAAUAUCAAAAUGCCAUGAAAGUGCUGUAGAAUAUUUCAAUUUUAUUAGCUUAUAUAAAUAUUGAUUAAAUCACAUUUUUUGUAGGAAAUGUAAGAUUGAUAAUGAUUUUUAAAUAAUAAUUAGUAGCAAAAAAUGAAUAGCUUUAAACUUAACAGAUAUGUCACAUGAAUAAAUUAAGCCUGAUGGGGAUAAAAGUAUCCCAUUAAUUAAAAUUUGUCGGCAUUUUAAUUUGAUUUGAUUUGCGAGAAAGGCGUACUCUAAAAAUAACUGAAAUAUUUUUAAAGGAAAAGUGAUAAUCGUGUAUGAGUUAAUAUAAAAAGCUCUGAGCAGUAAAUAUAAUCUAACAUUUAUGUCUAGUCUCACCCAUUUAAUUAACAUCCAUGGCCUAAGAUUUGCAUAUCUAACUAACUAUAGCACCUUAUCUUUAAGUCUGUCACCCUCUGCAAAUUUAAAAACAAACAAAGUUUUUCACCUUUAAUGGACACCUCUCGGUUUUCAAACGUGUCUCUUAAUUAUGCACAUACAUGUGUGGACUUAAUGACUGACCACCUUGUCAGAAAUGGUAAUGAGUUAUUAGGUAACGAUGCAAGUCACCUGCUGUACUAUCCUUAAACUCAGCCAUCUGUGCACACACAUCUGGACCACAAAGAUGCAGUCACAAAAUGAAAUCAUUGGACCACAAAGAUGCAAUCACAAAAUGAAAUCAUUGGACCACAAAGAUGCAGUCACAAAAUGAAAUCAUUGGACCACAAAGAUGCAGUCACAAAAUGAAAUCAUUGGACCACAAAGAUGCAGUCACAAAGUGAAAUCAUUGGACCACAAAGAUGCAGUCACAAAAUGAAAUCAUUGGACCACAAAGAUGCAGUCACAAAAUGAAAUCAUUGGACCACAAAGAUGCAGUCACAAAAUGAAAUCAUUGGACCACAAAGAUGCAGUCACAAAACCACAAAGAUGCAGUCACAAAAUGAAAUCAUUGGACCACAAAGAUGCAGUCACAAAAUGAAAUCAUUGGACCACAAAGAUGCAGUCACAAAAUGAAAUCAUUGGACCACAAAGAUGCAGUCACAAAAUGAAAUCAUUGGACCACAAAGAUGCAGUCACAAAAUGAAAUCAUUGGACCACAAAGAUGCAGUCACAAAAUGAAAUCAUUGGACCACAAAGAUGCAGUCACAAAGUGAAAUCAUUGGACCACAAAGAUGCAGUCACAAAAUGAAAUCAUUGGACCACAAAGAUGCAGUCACAAAAUGAAAUCAUUGGACCACAAAGAUGCAGUCACAAAAUGAAAUCAUUGGACCACAAAGAUGCAGUCAUAAUAUGAAAUCAUAUUUUCUAUAGAUGGGUUUCUUGGUAAUUAUUUCAAAUUCUAAAAAAAAAAAAAAAUAAUUUAUUUUUAUUUUUUGAAAUCUUUGACACCAUUUAUUAUAAAAUCUUAUGUGUCAAAAUUCAUUUCAAUUACAAAAGAAAGUCCUUUACAUUAUUAAAGCGUUCCUAAACAAUUAAUUCCCUUUGUUUUGUAAAUUCUACCUCUUAUUUCCAUUCUUCAUUUGAUAUUUUAAUGUCACAUGGAUAUUCUAUGACCAAUAAUUUAUUUGCAUACUUUGUUUUAAUAUCAGACAUUGAAUAGGGAAUCAUUUAAAUUUUAAGUAUUCCUUAUUGAUGAUAAAGUCAUAAUACAAUCUCAAUACAGCUGCUUAAACCGCCUUACUUAUUUUAAAACAUCCCAUGUGCAAUAACUGGUUUUCUCCAAUCCAUUAACAUUGAGGCCACUACUCUAGAGCAGAGGUUUUUAAAGUUAGUACAGGGACACAAUGAAUUUGUCAUGAAAGCUUUUUAAAAUAAAAAAAAUUUACCAGUACACUUCCUCAGAAACAGAAAAUUAUUUUAAAAAUACUUGAGUGGUAUGUCAUGGAGUUUUGAGUUUUGUUACAACGUAGAGUAGGUUGUAACAGUCUGCUCUAGGGUAAUAUUAUACACUUGCUCACAGAAUUAAUAACUAUAAGUUUAUACAUUUUGUUGGAUGUUGUAAUUUCAGUCACCUGAAAUGGCUAUCCCCAUGUAAAGUGCUUUCUCAUUGUGAACAAAUCAGUAAUGAAUGAUUAGUUUGAACCACUCCCUUGCAGUAGUUCACUGCAAGGGGGUGGUUCAAAACUAAUCAUUAAAUUAAAUUACUGAUUUUGUUCACAAAUGAGAAAGCACUUUUACAUGGGGAUAGCCAUUUCAGGUGACUGAAAAAUUACAACAUCCAACAAAAAAAUGUAUAAAAAAACUUAUAUGCAUUUUUUUGUUGGAUGUUGUAAUUUCAGUCACCUGAAAUGGCUAUCCCCAUGUAAAGUGCUUUCUCAUUGUGAACCAAUCAGUAAUGAAUGAUUAGUUUGGACCACUCCCUUGCAGUAGUUCAAUGCUGUGCAGGGAUUAUCUGAAACUGAAAGCUGGGGAUAUUUGGAAUGUAUUGCUAAACAUUAUCCAAGCGAUUUCAGAACUUGGUUCACACUAAGAAAGCUCUUAUUUUCAAUGUUGUUUCUUGCACACCAGUAACAAUAAUAAUAAUACUAUGACUUUUUCACCUUGCUCACUCUUAUUCUUUGUUUCGCAAUUAACCUUUUGAUUUGCAGCCUGCUUGCACACUACUAACACCAGUAUCCGCUGCUAAAUGAAAGCUAGAAAUAAUAGCCAGACGCUGGCCCCUUGUUGUUAGCUUGGGACGUUGAACCCAUGGUUUUGUUAAAUAGACGGGAUUAACACAAACUCUUACGUAGUUUUGGGGACUUGCAACGGCACUAAAUAAAAUUCUAUAUUUGUGAAUUGUUGAACAAAAUUGAUGUGUUGAGAGCUUUACUUUCAAUGUGAAACUGUCAUAACGUCUUUGGAAGAACUUUUAAUUGGGUCAGACUGGGAGCCCCUACACAAUACAUGAGCAACUUUACCAUUAGGUUAAUGUAAAAAAAUUGAAAUUUUCAUUGGAGUAUUUCCUCCUUUCAAGAGAGACCAACACCCACUAAAGCCACAUUGUAGUUUUGUUUUUCUCUUUGUUGAAUUUAUUGUUAAUUUUACCGUAACAAAAAAUGUAAAAAAAAGCAUCUUUAUGAUUUAUUAUUUUUUAAAACAGUUAUCUUACAAACUGCAUCAACAUUUUAACAUGCUUAACGUGCAAUGAAAAUAUUGGAUAUUUAAAAGUGUUAAAAUAAAUACAUUUCUGGUAGAUGUCUUUUGGUAAAAUAAGUGCAGAUUAUCUUCUAAAGAAUUUAUUUUAAAUGUACGCACGGACAAACUUAUGUUAAAUAACGUUUUGAAUCUGUUUUUUUUCUGUCACCUUCAGAAAUGUUUAUAAAGACUACAAACAGCUGGAGCUGUCGGCCGAGUCACAAGAUGAGGUGGACAGCUGGAAGGCAUCAUUCCUGCGGGCGGGAGUUUAUCCAGAGCGCUCUACCGAUGAAGGAGGAAGUGUAAGUCCCAACAGUGUUGUCCUGGUUAUCUUUAUCCUUAAAUGUGUAAGAACUGUGAAACCAAAGGCAGACCCAAGAUUGCCCUGUGUAGCACUCCCUCAUUGGUCAGUUGGGUAGCAUUAUAAUGUCAGACACAAUUAAAACCAUAAACUCAGAUGUUUUAUUGAUGUCUUUUUUAGUGCUCACAUUUUAACAUAUGCUGUGCAUUAUGUUUUGUAUACACUAAAAAUGCAUGACACAUUUUUACCCUAUUACCUUGGAUAACAUCUUUUAUUUAUUAAUAAUUAACUGAGAAAUGGAUUAAAAAAUUGCCAUAUGAAUUUUGUGUCAUGCUUCCAUCCCUUCAUGGGUGAGUUAUGCCAUAACUUCACUUGCUAUCAGCAGACGAAGGACGACUACUCCUCCAUGGACCCCCAGUUGGAACGCCAAGUUGAAACCAUUAGAAACCUGGUGGAUUCAUAUUUGAAAAUUGUCAACAAAACCCAGCGUGACCUGGUCCCAAAGACAAUCAUGUACCUCAUCAUUAGCAAUGUAAGUUACUGUGUUCUUAGCAUUGAUGUCUCAUAGGAAAUAGGUUUUUAAAAUACAUAUAUACACACGUGUCCAAAAAUUAAUACGGAACCAAUUUGUUCUAACCCAGUGGUUAUUGUGGCGACCCCCAAACCACAAAAUUAUUUUUGUUGCUACUUCAUAUCUUUUGAGUAUACAUGUUUUCCUCUGGUCUUAGGUGACCCCUGUGAAAGGUUCGUUUGAACCCUAAAGGGAUCACGACCCACAGCUGAGAACUGCUCGUCCCCCUAGAAUAACAAGGUUCUAUGUGCCUAUUUAAUCCAAUCAACUUAGAACCAUGUUAUCUAGGGGGACGUGCUGCUCUAACUGAUUUGUAUGAAGGAAUGUAAAAAAUGAUGUUGAUAAAAUGGAAGUCAGUUCGAAUAGAUGUUUAUUCCAACUGGAGUAAUUAAAGAAAACAAUAAAAAUAAAUUUUAUUAAAAAGGUGACAUUUUCCUUGUUUGUCACUUUAAAAAAAAAUCAUUUAAAAAAAACUAACAAACUGUUGAACAAGUUAAAUUUCCAACAAACUUUCCAUUCAAACAAACUUUUUCUUUAAACAACAUUCCCAUUACUUUCCAUUCAAACAAACUUUUUCUUUAAACAACAUUCCCAUUAAGCAAACUUUCCAUUCAAAACAACUUUCCCUUUAAACAAAAUUUCCAUGAAAACCAACAUUCCUUUUAAAAAAACUUUCCCUUUAAACAAACUUUCCUUUUAAACAACAUUUCUGCCUACAAAUUGGUUUGGAACAAAUUGGUUUGGAACAAAUUGGUUUUGUACUAAUUUCUAGUAACCAUGUACACAUGUUUUUAGAGCUCAAGUUAACAGUGUUUUAUAUUGUUAUACAAUGACAGUUUAUUAGAAAGCUUAAAAAGAAAAGAUAUGUCCUGAGGAAAUUUUCUAAAAAAUGUCAUAAUUAUGUUGACUGUUUGAAAUUAAACAAAAAAAAUUAAUUCCAAUGACCUCAGAGAAAUUAAAUUUAUGAUGUAAAGUGGUAUAAUUUUAUGUACUGCUAGCAUGAAUGUUGUCUAAAGAGAACCAUUAAAAUGAAAUUUAAUUAUCCAUCUAUAUUUUGUGUGUAACACACUGACUUAUUGGUAGGUACGUAAAGUGUGCCAAUGUGUGUGGGUGUGUGUGUGUGGGUGGGUGGGGGUGGGUGUGUGUGUAGGUGGGUGGGGGGAUGUUAGUGUUAUACUAGAUCUGCUAUGCCUUAAUUAAUAUUUAGUUGAGUGCAUGGCAGAACUAGUAUAAUGCCAGGCACAGGUUAGGGACCAUGGUUACUGCUGGCUCUAUUUGGUUUGAGUAUAAUGCCAGGCACAGGUUAGGGACCAUGGCUACUGCUGGCUCUAUUUGGUUUGAGAUGGGGAACAGGUGUAGCACACCGAUCACUAUAUUAAACACUCUAUUUUACAUGUAGUGUUCCCUGGCACAAUUCCCUGGCCAAUGGCCCUUAAAUGCUUGAGACAAUCAACUAUUCCUAGAGAAUGACCAAGUCCCUGCCAAUGGUACUUAAAUGCUUGAGGCAAUCAACUAUCCCUAGAGAAUUACCAACUUGGCCCAGAUGGGAAAGUGGUUAAGAUCUUAAUUUUUUUUAACUUUGUACUCAGGGUAUGGCAGUAUGGGGUGCUUAUGUGUGUCUGUGUGGGGGUGGGGCGGUCUCUUACUUGAUGGUCCACCUUCUGACCAAUUGAGCUUUAAUUCCCGGUUAGAUAUUUGGGGUUGGACAGAUAUCAAUGGUCUAAACUGGAAGGUACAAGAAUGGUUUCUCUACAAAAUCACUGCUGCCAUUUUCAGAUUCGGGGUUUUAUUGAUGGUGACCUCCUGGCCCACAUCUACUCCACGGGUGACCAGGUAACUGAUCACAAAUCACUGUAGCAUGGCAUGUUGUUGUUUUGUUGUUGUUUUUCUAUGGUGCACUUGGACCUGCAUCUGUUAACCCACCGUCCAGCCUGAGCCACUGCAAGAUGGGGAUAUUUCAAAGCUUGGUUUAAUUUGCCGUAGCCCUGUAUUCAGGGUUUGACCAAGUCCAUCUGUCGAUGACCCAUUGGUCCAACCCUGAAUGGCAGGCCCGCUUUCCAUGUGAUAGACUAGACUAAUUUGAGACUUGGCCUCUUGUGCCCGCUCCUUUUGUUUUCAGAUGAAGGAAUAUAUCAAAGAUGACUUAUUACCUGGUUUGUACUCGGCUGGAGAUCAGGUGGGCAAACACAUCUCUUGCACUGUCUUUCCAUCUUUGUGUCAUCGGGGGGGGGGGGGGGGGGGAGAGAUCAUUUGACAUUUAACUGCCAUCAAUAAGGGGAUGUAGAAAAAAUUUUCAGGCCACUCAUUCAGACUGGGAUAAGUUAUAUUGUUUAUCUUAAAAACCCACUGCCUCCUCUUCUACCCACUUUUUCUUAUAUUUUUAUUUUGGGAGAAUGUUAAUAUUUAAAACGUGCAUUUCCUUUGUAAUAGCUACUUUAAUUGAUGUUGUCAUUUUUAACUAGUCUGUCCUCAACUUCUAUCAUCGUCUUUGCAUCUUUAUGUCUUUUCUUUUUCAAUAACCAUCUUACACCCUUAUAUUUGGAGUGUUUUAUUUCUAAACCUUUUACUUUUAUGGAAGUUUAUUAUAUUUAAAGACGGUAACCUUCGUAGCUUAGAACGAUGUAACAGAUAUAAAUGUUCAAGUUAUUUAAAGACAAAUAUGAUUUAAUUUGCCAAUUAAAAAGGUAAAAUUUGCCAAUUAAAAAGGUAAAAUUUGCCAAUUAAAAAGGUAAAAUUGUUUAAAUGGAACAUGUUUAAAAUACAUUUUUAUUGAGAAAGAUAACUGCAUCAUGUUAUAUUAGAUGACUGCCGUAACCAAUUUUAAUUAAUAUAUAAUUUUAAUGGAAUUUGAUCAAUGGAGAAGAUAUAAUAAAAGUGAGUUUCUUCAUAUCACAAUGAACAGCACUAAGCACCUCAUAAUUUAACUCACUGGGCUUUUCGAUAAUCUUUAAAAGAGGGGAAAGUAAUGGUACAGUUUAGUGUCUCUUGUGUGUGGCCCCCUUGUUUGAAUAUUGUACACUUGUUCAAUCUGACAGCCUCAGAUAGUAAGUACAUUCACUGUUGAUGACUUCCCUGAGGCAGGGCUGCAGGGUCAGACUGGUUCUGUUUGGUAGCCAUGCGAGGAACAGUAGCACUCCAAAUAUUGAUCUGUUCACUUUGGCGAGGGAGGGGUUUGAGUAUUAUUCCCACUUUAAGGGGAUGUUGCGACAACUUUGGGGGUUUUUGGCACUUCCGAAUGAAACACAGGAAGUUGUAUACAUUUCCUUUCCAUUGACCCAAGAAACCUUACUCUUUGACAAUGCAGCCUAUCCGGAGCCAUCAUUUUAUUUUGAGAUUGUAUUUGUGAUUAUCUGUUUGUGUUAUGUUAAUUUGCAUGGCCAGAGAUGACAUAGUCUUGAUUGUCUUGAUGAGAGCUUGUAGUUUAAUUGACCAGUGAAUUCCAACUUGAUCCAAUUCCAUACGUGAGGCUAACGUGAGGCUAACGUGAAACUUUGUAGCUAUUUAUCCAUUUUACUGGAGGAAAUCUUAAAACUUAUAUCUCUUAUCCAAAUCUAACAAAAUGGUUUCAAACGUUGAAUACAAAAAUAGUUUCAUAUAAAAAUUAUGUAUGAAUUUUGAAGCUGCCAUGUUUAUCUCUUGAUUUCAUUGUAACUUUUUGAGUUUCAAAUUUGGAUUGUUUAAUCAAUGAUUUUUUUAUAACAACCUUGUGUAAAAGAUAUUGUUAAUAAAAAGAAUGGAAGAUUGUGUGGACAGUGAUAACAUGAACAAAUUGGAGACCACAUUUCUUUGUUUAACAAGGACAAAAAAAAUAUUGGUUACAAACAUAAUGGAAAACAUAGAUCGACAUGAAGUUAUUGUCAUUACAAGUUUUAGAUUUUGUGUGGAAGUUUGGAAACAGUCGUGAAGCUUACCACCUAUAACUUUUGGUGUUAAGUCUAUUAUGAAACUUACCACUUAUAACUUUUGGUGUUAAGUCUAUAUGACACUUACCACUUAUAACUUUUGGUGUUAAGUCUAUUAUGAAACUUACCACUUAUAACUUUUGGUGUUAAGUCUAUAUGACACUUACCACUUAUAACUUUUGGUGUUAAGUCUAUUAUGAAACUUACCACUUAUAACUUUUGGUUUAAAUCUAUUAUGAAACUUACCACUUAUAACUUUUGGUUUAAGUCUAUUAUUAUUAUGAAACUUACCACAUUUAACUUUUGGUGUUAAGUCUGUUAUGAAACUUACCACUUAUAACUUUUGGUGUUAGUUUAUUAUGAAACUUACCACAUUUAACUUUUGGUGUUAAGUCUAUUAUGAAACUUACCAGAUUUAACUUUUGGUGUUAAGUCUAUUAUGAAACAUCCCACUGAUAACUUUUGGUGUUAAAUCUAUUUGAAGUCACCAAGGACAAUGCUAAAUUUUAUCCAAAAGUUAAAUCUAUUUGAAGUCACCAAGAACAAUGCUAAAUUUUAUCCAUGAACCUCAAAUCAGAAUCAAAUGAUGGAGGAAUCAGCUGAGGAAGCCCAGCGUCGUGAGGAGAUUCUCCGCAUGUACCACGCCACCAAGGAGGCUUUACAGAUCAUUGGUGAGGUUUCCACAACGACGGUCUCCACACCCACACCGCCACCCGUAAAGGAUGAUUGGUUGAGUGCUGAGGAGAACAUGAAUUCAUCUGGUGGUCCAAGUUACAAUAAGUAAGUCUACAUGAAUUCAUCUGAUGGUUCAAGCUACAAUUAGUAAGUCUACAUGAAUUUUUAAGUAUUUUAAGGUGAUAAUAAAUAGGAAUGAAUUAUUUAAGUGAGAAUUCCAACUUGCAUCUUUAUUUAAUGUCUAUGUCUGAUGUUAAGUAAAUGUCUGGUUUCUUGCUGCUAAAUCAAUAUAUACUGUAACAAAAAUUAAAACUUCUACAGCCGACCCCCUAGCCCAGCCAGACCCCGUGCUGUCCCUCCCCUUCCCAAUAGACCCAUGGAUCAACCACUGCAACCGGUGCGAGCCGCCCCCGGUGUUCCUAACAGACCAGCCCCCGACAGGCCAAUGCCCAACAUCCCUGCGUAAGUAUCUCCACUGAAGUGGUGGAUGUUGAUUGGUUAGAAAAUUUGUUGGAAUAACUACUGUUUCAUUUAUGGUCGCUUAGUACAAGUAGUCAAUAUUUAGGGAUAUUGAUUACUUCAAUGUACAAGAAAAUAAUAGCAACAAAAUUUAAAAAAAAUAGCAAUAGCUUAACAUAAUUAAGAAAAAUGUAAUCUUCUCUAGGCUAGAGUGUACUUAAGGGUAAAGCUGUAACUUUGGUGUAUAGUAAAGAUGUAAAAAUCUAAAUGACACAUGAUUCUGAGACCAAACUUUUGACGUUCAGUUAUCUGAAAUUACAUAGCCAAGAAUUAUGAGCUCAAACUUCUGUUUUAUUUCAGUCGCCCCUUGAGCGUAAACAGGCAGGUGCCCCGUAUCCCUGACCGACCCCUGGUCCCACAAAGACCCAACUGAAGUUAGAAAGACGGAUGGGCACAGACACCCUAACCUGUUGGUAUAUCAACUAUAGCAGGUGAAAUAUACCACAGGAUCCUGUACAGCACUGGAAAAUGAUUCACCUUUAUCCAAGUCAUAAUUGGGACUUAACACAUUGUUAUUGGAAGCCCAAAGUGGACGUGAUAGAUGACUACGUGAUGACUUGAAGUCUUGAUGUGACUUACUGUAUAAUAUUUAGGGGAGAGUGGUGAGAAAAUCCAUUGUUGAUAUGUAUGAUUGUUAUAUGUAGCAGUUUCAUCUUUGCUGUCACCAUGGUUUGAUGAACAGUUGCUGUAGAUAGAUUGGGUUGUGUGUGUUGGUGAGGCCUAGCACAAAAAUGGUUGAUCUCUUGGCUGUUUCUGUGUGUGGGGCUCUGUAUGUGUGUCUGCAUAUAUAAGAAUGUACUCAAUCUACAACCAGCCAGGUUUACCAUAUUUUCAUUGAAUGAGUCAAAUAUUCAUUUAAGACAGUGGCCCCAUGGUAUUUUAUUAAAAAAUGUUUGGGGAGCCCGUGAACCAAAUUUUAAUUCAAGAUUUACAUCCUGUCAGAGUCCUAGUGAGUUUUCAAUGGUCGUAUCAGUGAAGUUCAAUCUGGAUAAGUUUGGAACCACAGAUGACUUGUUUUAUCUUGAUUCAUGUGUUCUCCAACCUGUAGAACUGUCGAAGAGGGCUGGCAGUUUGACACAGUCAGAGUAAUUGCAAAAAAAAAAGAAAAAAAAAAAAGAGCAAUAAUAAUUUGUCUAACCGAUGUGGUCAUACAUAUGAACAGAUCUGACCAGGUCAAAUGUGUCAGUGGUGACAGUCUGUCAUAUGACCAGGUCAGCUGUGUCAGUGGUGACAGUCUUGUUGGGUUUACUCCAUGUCAUAAAUGUUUAUUCUACAUUUGAUGUUUAUUAAAAUGUCUUAGAGGGUGCUGGCCUGUCCUGGGACUGUCACCUGACUUAAUAUGCGGCCAGCCCCAUGGGACCAGAUAGCUCAGGGGUGGGCAACCAGAGCCAUUGGGCCACAUGCGGCCCUCUGAAACAUUAAAUUUCGCUUCGCAUCACCUUCCAGGAAGUGGGAUUAUGUUUUGGUAAAACAUACAAUUUAUUGUGAAUGAUUAACUGUAAAAGCUUUUGAAAACUGAUAAUCACAGGGCAAAAUGUUCAAACUCCACUAACUAUGAUAAAGCAAAUUAAACAAAUAUACAACAAGUGCUUAUUGUCCACUUGAGUUUAGAAUGACUAUUUGAAGAUCGUCUACAAUGAUAUGUGUCCAAAUGUUUAUGAGGGCAGCAUUUUUAUGACACAAUUACUGCCUGCAUGAUUUAAGUUACCCGGUAGUAGGCAAACUGGCAAGCUCAGGCUGCGAAAAUAUUGUGCCAGGUACAUGGUCCAUGGACAAGCCAGUGUGGACCAACAUUCCUUAUUAUAGAACAGUAGGCCUGUGAAGGCAGUCAGUGCAAUGCUUAACUCUUUCUGUUACUACUCAAUAUGUAUAGAUGACAUGGGCAUGAUAAAUAAUCUGACAAUAAUCACUUGGGUAUUUAUUCAUUCAGUUGUAUGAUAUUACAUUUAUUAAAUCUGUUAGAACAUGACCUUGAAAUUUUUUAAAUUUUUUUUAUUUUUUUUCAUCCAUCAUUCAUCAAUAUAAAUUUUGUUUACUUGGCCAUAAUGAAGUAGCCGGUUGUCAUGCUAUUUCUACCUGUAUUGCUACAAACAAGAUAGCUUAGAUUGAUGUCAUUAUCUGGCUUUGCAUAACUCUGGUAAUUUCUAGAAUAUCUGUACAUUGUCGUGACUGAGGUUGUAGAUACACACUCUAGUGAACUGUGAAUUAGGUUUUCACCUUGGUGUCCGAUUGCCUGACUGUGAUAAAAAAAAGAUGAAGCUCCAAUCCAAUGAACAGGACAAAAAAAGGACAGCAUUCAUUUUGUGUGUAAUGUAAUAAUAAAAAGUCUUAGUGGGUGAAAAUAAUUUGAUCUGUUAGCCAAAUAAAUGUCAAACAUAACAUUAAAAUGCAUAAAAUUACUUUGCAAUGAAUACAUUUGGGUUUUGUGCAUCAUAAAGCACUAAAAUAUGUUUUAAAAGGAAAAAGCACCCAUCAUCUUAAAAUACAAC